CCGAGCUUGCCGCGGCUGGGGCCAGGGCUGGGCAGUCUGCCGGACGGCCGCGGCGCUCCAGCAGCUCGCUGACUGCCAGGCGACAGUAUUUGGGAUGACUUUGGCCAGCUCUAGAUUUCUGUGGCUUCUCAAGACCUCAGCCCUCAUUUUAGGACUUGCCAUUGUUUUGUCGGUCUUCAGAAAUGUGUCCCUCCGUGUACUGCACAGCAGCCUCAGACUGGAGCCCGCUCGCCCUACUCUGGCUGUCCAGAUGCCAAAGCUUCUCCCUGAGGAACAUCUCAGGAACCUGUUUACUUAUGAUGGAAUCUGGCUGUUCCCGAAAAACCAGUGCAAGUGUGACACCCUCAAAUGGAAGGAAAGCUAUAACUUUCAGAAUGCCUACAGCCAGACUGAGCUUCCUGCCGUGAAAGCAAGAAGACAGGCGGAGUUUGAACACUUUCAGAGGAGAGAAGGGCUACCCCGCCCACCACCCCUGCUGGCUCAGCCCAACCUCCCCUUUGGGUACCCGGUCUAUGGGGUGGAGGUGAUGCCCCUGCACACAGUUCCCAUCCCAGGUCUCCGGUAUGAAGGACCAGAUGUUCCCAUCUAUGAGGUCACCCUGACAGCUUCUCUGGGGACACUGAACACUCUCGCGGACAUUCCAGACAGGGUGGUGCAGGGCAGAGGCCAGAAGCAGCUGACCAUUUCAACCAAUAGCCGGAAGCUUUUGAAUUUCGUCCUCCAGCAUAUGACAUAUACCAGCACGGUGUACCAGCUCCGUAGGGUGGAUGUUGUGAGUUUGGAGUCCAAGUCCUCAGUGGCCAAGUUUCCAGUGACCAUCUACCAUCCUGUCAUACCCAAGCUAUAUGACCCUGGACCAGAGAGGAAGCUCAGAGACCUGGUGACGGUUGCCACCAAAACUUUCCUCCGUCCCCACAAGCUCAUGAUCAUGCUCCGGAGUCUUCGUGUGUAUUACCCAGAUUUGACCGUGAUUGUAGCUGAUGACAGCAAGGAGCCCAUGAAAAUCAAUGACAGCCACGUCGAGUAUUAUACCAUGCCCUUUGGGAAGGGCUGGUUUGCUGGUAGAAACCUGGCCAUAUCUCAGGUCACCACCAAAUAUGUUCUCUGGGUGGAUGAUGACUUUCUCUUCAACGAAAAGACCAAGAUUGAAGUGCUGGUGGAUGUCCUGGAGAACAGCGAGCUGGAUGUGGUAGGCGGCAGUGUGCUGGGAAACGUGUUCCAGUUUAAGCUGUUGCUGGAGCAGAGUGAGAGUGGGGACUGUCUUCACCGGAGGCCAGGAUCUUUCCGGCCCCUGGAUGGCUUCCCCAGCUGCGUGGUGACCAGUGGUGUUGUCAACUUCUUCCUGGCCCACACAGAGCAACUCCAAAGAGUUGGCUUCGAUCCCCACCUGCAAAGAGUGGCUCACUCAGAGUUCUUUAUCGAUGGGCUUGGGAGCUUGCUCGUGGGGUCAUGCCCAGAAGUGAUCAUAGGUCACCAGCCCCGUUCUUCAGUGGUGGACCCAGAUCUGGCUGCCCUGGAGAAGUCCUACAGUGCAUACCGGGCCAACACCAACGCCCAGAUCCAGUUCAAGCUGGCUCUCCACUACUUUAAGAACCAUCUCCAAUGCUCCACAUAAAGAUGCCGGGGCAUCAGAAAAACACGAGGCUGACGGACUGUGGGCAUCUAGAACAGUGGAACUGGUGAUUGGGCUACCAAACUGUAGACUCCUGAUAAGACCAACAUUGUGAUGCACUAGCUAGUGGGUGGGGCAAAUGGGUGGGGCUCAGUUACUGGAAAUACCAAUCAAAGGCUAAGGGUCAUUAGAAAUGGACCAAUCACUGGUCAGAGCAAUGGAGAUCUAUUAAUAAUCAUUUGCUGGUUUGAAGACUUACCAUUUGUGAAGCACUUACACAUGUAGUACCUCACAUUAUUCAGUCUCACGUGAAAGAGUAUAUUAUGGGUUGGUAUCCUUGGUCAAAUGAAUGGCUGCUGGGUCCUUGAGGGUUAUUUGGUGAAAAUUAUGUCACAGUCAGAAGCAUCAUCUCUGGCAUCACUGUCAUUCACAAAUUUUUAUUUCAUCCUACCCUGGUACCUCAAAUACUGUGAAUAAUGCAGAGUCCUUGCCUUGAGGAGGUUGCAGCCUGGUUCAGGUCAGUGCACUGGUCGAAUUGGGCCACCUGGAUCAGAGGAUCCGCAGAGGGGGUAGUGACCAGGGCCCCAGAGCUGAGGAAGGCUCUGUGGAGUGAGCUCUCUGGAGCCUGGAAGGAUUUAGGCAGUUGGAGGGUGCACUGGGGUCGUCCACUGGCUGCCCGAAUAAAGAAUUCUCUGGCAUCAGACUCACUACCACGAUGACACAUUCCAGAUGCCAGGGAUUGAACUUGGACCCUGUACUAAGGUGCCAUGACAGCAGUGUAAAUGCAGCGGCAAGCCACUGAAUUCCUGGAAUUUGAGGCUGUUGCUCACCACUUAAGACCCAUGUCAUCUGCAGAGUGGAGCCAUCUAUAGAUGUGGAGGAAGAUUCUUUCAUCUUGGAAAUCAGCAGAUUCUACAACUACUACCCUAGCCCUGCCUUUAGGGUUUCCACUCCGUCCUACUGGAGAUGGUCUAGGGCAGCUCAGGAUCUCUGAAAAUGCGUCUGUGAGAUACUAAUAAACUUUGUGAAAAAUGUUUUGGCUGUCAAAUAAUUUUGAAAAAUACUGCAUGUUGUAUCUCCCUCUUGGAAAGUUGCAAUUCACAUUCGUUUAUUAAAGGCUCUGAAAAGUCCUGCA